AUCCAGUCCUACUAUAUCUCACUCCCCUCCUAAGUCGGGUUGUUAGAUCGUGUAUAGUUAGCCUUCUGCAUCCAUACGUCCCUGAAACACCUGGUCACUGUCGCCAUGUCCUACCGCGAAGAUGACCUGGCCUACGGGCAUUACAAUGCCGGCAACAGCCGGGGUUAUGGUGAGGGAGACCGCGACAGAGGGUUCCUGGGGGAUACCUUCAAGCUACUGAAGGAGACCUAUAAGAGCCAGCAUCCUCAAAGCCACCAGGGCAAUCAGGGAAGCCAGAGCCAGCAACCUCCCCCUACAUCGUCCUCCAGCAGCUACUACUCCCAGCCGUCGCAGAACCCUCCCUACCAGCAAGGAGGUCCCGACAACCGCCCUUACUACCAACAAGGAGGAAAGACCAAGCCCGAUAAGUUAACCGGCUUUCUGGAUAAACUCCAAGACAGUGUUGCUGGCUACGGUACCCAGAUCGCCGAGCGUUUGGGAACUGCCCUUGAUCCACAAGGUUAUGCUCAGUAUGGCGCUGCCGGUGGUAAAGUUGAGGGACCGCACAGGUUCGGCAGUUUCGCUCCUACAAGAGAACAUAAUGAUGUGAAGUGGUAUGUCGAUGGGUGCAGCUACUUCUAUGCCGUAUCCAGAGCACUGGAAAAUGCCAGAGAGUCUAUUUGGAUUCUGGAUUGGUGGCUUUCCCCUGAGCUGUAUCUGAGACGGCCUCCUGCGAAGAAUGAGCAGUAUCGGGUUGAUCGAAUGCUCCAAGCAGCAGCGCAGCGUGGAGUGAGGGUCAAUAUUAUCGUCUACAAGGAGGUGACCCAGGCCUUGACCCUUUCGUCGGCUCAUACAAAACACACCUUGGAAGCUCUCCAUCCCAACAUCGCGGUGUUCCGUCACCCUGAUCACCUCCCUGAUCGCCAGGAUCUCAGCGAUUCUAUCACAGCGUCUCUUCAGAACCUGGUUCUGGAUGCUGCGGGGAUCUCUCGACUGUCCGGCGACGCCCUGAAGGGCCUGUACGGUGUAUCCGAGGAUGUGAUCCUUUACUGGGCACAUCACGAGAAGCUGUGUUUGGUUGACGGACGCAUUGCGUUUAUGGGAGGUCUGGAUAUGUGCUACGGGCGCUGGGACACGAACCAGCAUGCGAUCACCGAUGUGCAUCCUGAAAACGUCAGUGAGACGGUGUUCCCGGGUCAGGACUACAAUAAUGCUCGGGUUCUUGACUUCCAGGACGUUGCCCAUUGGGAGAACAAUCAGCUUGAUCGGAAGGCCACUCCUCGCAUGGGUUGGUCCGAUGUGUCUAUAAGCUUGCAUGGUGUUGUCGUUGAGGAUCUGCGUCGCCACUUUGUCGAACGCUGGAAUUUCAUCUAUGAGACCAAGUACCAGGCUCGCAAUGAUCAGAGGUACUAUAAGCUGGUCUUGUACGGGAGACCUGGUGGUUACCCUCAACAACACGGUCCUUCUAGUCCGCAGAAUCCUCAGCAGCCUCACCAGCAGUACCAGGCUCAACAGACUCAACAACCUCAAUACCAGCAGGCUACGCAGACCUCCCAGACACCGCAGCCUCAAUAUCAACAGCCUCCUGCGCAACAAUACCCGCAGUCUCAACAGUCUCCUCAGCCGCAGUACCAACAAUCUCAGCAGACACCACCACCUCAGCCUCAAUACCAGCAAGCGCCGCAGACUUCACAGACGCCGCAACCUCAAUACCAACAGCAGUCUCCUCAGUCGCAGUAUCAACAUCAGCAGCAGUACCAGCAGCAGCCGUACCAAGUGCAGCCUCAGCCACAGCAGGGUGCGGCGACUACUCAAACCGCAGGCACGACAAGCCCACCGCCGGCUCAAGGCGGAUAUACUUAUGCGGGACAGUCAUUCCCACCACCACCCCCUGGUCCUCCGCCAUCUCAGUCACCGUCCCAGGCACCGUACUUCCCGCCACCCCCCACUACUCAGGGAGGUUCUCAGACCCGAGGCAUCAGCUAUGAAGGCGAGGGGGAUGGCGAGAGAGGGUUUAGCGCUGAAAAACUGACCGCAUAUAGCGACGUGUUCCGCGGACAGCUGGCAGGCCAGAUCCAUCGUUAUCAGGACCGGUUAACCUCUUCGUUUGGCCAUUAUGGCCACCACGAAGGUGGCUCUCACUAUCAAGGUCGGCCUCGGGGCAGCAUAACGUGCCAGGUCGUACGUAGCUGCUCCAAAUGGAGCCAUGGUGUCCCAACUGAACAUUCCGUCGCGGACGCGUAUGCAGAGAUUAUCCGAAACAGCGAGCAUUUUGUCUACAUCGAGAACCAGUUCUUCAUCACAGCUACGUCGGACGCGCAGAAACCUGUCCAGAAUAGGAUUGGAUCUGCCAUCGUGGAACGUAUUCUGCGUGCUGCUCGCGCGGGCCAGAAGUACAAGAUCAUUGUCGUUAUCCCGUCUGUACCGGCUUUCGCGGGUGAUCUGAAGGCUGACUCGACGCUGGGUACUCGUGCUAUCAUGGAGUUCCAGUACAACAGCAUCAACCGUGGUGGGAACAGUAUCAUGGAGCUGAUCGCGAAGGAAGGCUACAACCCGAUGGAGUACAUUCGGUUCUACAAUCUGCGGAACUAUGAUCGCAUUAAUCUUAGCGGAGCGCUGUUGGCGGCUCAGCAAACAAGUGGUGUCAACUACGAGGACGCUCGCAAGACUCAUGACGCUGGGGUCACUGGGCAUGGUCAUGGUGCGCCGAGUGCCUUCGACACGACGGCUGCAUAUCAGCAAGCUGCAUAUAGCGCGACUGGCGGUAAGGCGUCGUCUGGCCCUGGCCGGUGGGAUAGUGUCAGCGAGUGUUACAUGCUUGGCGGAGAGGAUAUCAGAAAUGUUCCUUGGGAAGGACCACCAGACGCUGAAAUCGACGCAUUUGUCAGCGAGGAAUUAUAUGUGCAUACGAAGGUCUUGAUUGCGGAUGACCGCACUGUGAUCUGUGGUUCAGCCAACCUGAACGACCGGUCUCAGCUGGGCACGCAUGACUCGGAGAUUGCUCUCAUCAUCGAAGACCACAGUCCUGUCCCGUCGACGAUGAACGGACAGCCGUGGACGGCAGGCCGCUUCGCGGCGUCUCUGCGUCGGCAGCUCUUCCGGAAGCAUCUGGGACUGCUCCCGCCGCAGAACUACCAACAACCCGAUGCCAACUGGGAGCCCGUGGGCGUUCCGAACCAGUUCGACUUCGAGUCACCGGAGAGCCAUCUUGUGGCCGACCCACUGGCGGAUGUCUUCCAGAACCUGUGGAACAGCCGGGCACGCACCAACACAGAAGUGUAUCGCAAGGUCUUCCACUCUGUUCCGGAUGACACGGUGCGCAACUGGGAUGCGUACAAGGAGUUCUUCGAGUACUACUUCCACGGGGCCAACAGCGAGGCCGGGGGCGAUCAGAAGAUCUUCCGCCCGCCGCGGUAUGACUGGGGACAUGUUGUGCGGGACGAUUUCCCACCGGGACCGGAGGGAGCACGGCAGGUCAAGGAACUGCUCAGUCAGGUCAAAGGCACGUUGGUUGAGAUGCCGUUGAUGUUUUUGAUCGAGGAGGACGUGGCGAAGGAGGGAUUGACGCUCAACGAUCUGACGGAGCCGAUCUACACAUGAUCUGUUGCUUCUCUCUCCUUUCUUUUUUACAUAUAUAUUAUUAUUAUCGUUAUUUAUUUAUUUAUUUAUUUCUUCUGGUAAUCAAUAGCAGUUGGAUUGAUGUCUUCAAUC